AUUCAUUUUGGACGCCCCAAGAUUUACUUCGAUAUAUUUUUUUACAGUUCCUAGCCACACCAAUACACCGGUGGUGAUGAAUGUUGAAACAGAUGUGUUCACGGUUGACUGGGAAGAGGUUAAAGGUGCAUCAUCCUACGUUGUUGAGAUCACACCAGAGAUUGGAGCUAAGUAUAUAAGAAUAACUGAAAGAACAGAAUGGACGGAAAAAGGAACCAAGCCAGGAAAAUGGUUCAAAAUAAAUAUUCAGUCUCGAGAUGAUAAAAAUCGUGGAAAUGGUGUCGCAACAGACAUGUUGGAGCUACAAACAAUUUGCCUUCGCCCAAGCAAUGUUAAAAUGUCGGAAAUAGGAACAACUUUUGUGAAGUUCGGAUGGAACGAAAUGGAAGGUGCCGAUUUCUAUGUUGUAACCAUCAUAUGGAGUGUUAAAGACGAACUUGUCAACAGAUUUGGUUCACAAGAAAUCCCAGAAGCCGAAACCGUUGUUUGGGAGGGAGAAUCGGGAAUUAAGAAGGACGGUCUGAAAGCAUCUAAGUUGGAACAGUUCAAGAUAAAUCCUUCUGAAGUUGCUGUGAAAGAUAAACGAGCAUGGUUCCAGUUCCAGACUCGUACAAACAGCAUAGAGAUUGUUGGACUUGAUUCUGCAACUCAGUAUUCAUUUCAAUUCGAAACUGUCAAUCAACAAGGCAAAGUCAGUCAUGGAAAAGUGUACAUGAACGAAACAACAGUGCCGGAAAAAGUGGGAACCGUCACUCUUCUUGGAGUUACUGAUUCGUCAGCAAUGUUUACAUGGGACGCCGUUGAAGGAAUUGAACAUUACAUCAUCAACGUUACCAGCCAAUCAAAUGGAAGAGUGAAAACAUUCAAAUCGAAAAGCUCAAUGAUUACACUGAAAGAACUAGCUCCGGGAUCCUGGUUUAAUGUUGAGAUCUUCACCGUUGGAUCUGAUGGCAACAUGAACUAUGAAGGCAGCGAAGAAUUGAGCUUUCAGACUGUGCCUUCUCCUCCUACCAACUUCGAAAUCACGAAUGUAUCGACAACAACAAUGGACCUGAGUUGGGACGAGAGUGAAGGGGCUUCCUACUACAAGAUCAUCAUUCGACUGACAGAACCCUUCAGAGUUGUUCAUCGAGUUGUGGAAGUUCGAACCAACAGUCACACUGUAGAGAAACUCAGUCCUGGGACAAAAUACUUAUUCACUGUGGUUUCAGUUUCCACGGGUGGACGGGAAAGCACAUCAUCGAGAUUGAUUUUGGAAACGACAACUCCUGCAAAACCAUCUGAUUUGAGGCUCAUAGAUAUCAGCUCAACAACUGCUAAUCUACAAUGGCAAUAUAUUGAAGGCGCAUUCAAAUACGUUGUCAGUAUUCGAGGAGACGACAAAACCAGUUCAGAAGUUGAGACUAAAGGCACUGUGAUAUCCAUCGAUAACUUGACACCUGGCGUAUGGUAUGAAUUCUGGGUCAAAUCUGUUGGUUCCAAUGGAAAAGUGAAUCAGAAAGAAAGUAAUAUCAUAAGGAAACAGACAGUUCCGGAAUCGCCAGAUCCAAUCAAAAUUGAAGAAGUCACGACAACUACGAUUGCACUGAGUUGGAAGAAAGUUCAUGGAAUCAAGCAAUACCGAUUAUUCGUUGAGGAAGCAGGUGAUACGACAGGGAACACUCUCCGUGUUUUCAACGUUACCAGAAGCUUCUUCACCCUGAGUCAACUCACUCCUGGCAUGACGUAUUCCAUAAGUGCUAUUGCUGUAGGAACGAGCGGAGUGAGCAGUGUAAAGAGCGAUACAGUACAAAAGGCAACAGUGCCUGGAUCGAUUGGGGAACUAAAUGUAACUGAUGUGUCUACAAGUCACGUGGGCCUGAAAUGGACACCGAUAACAGGUGCUUCAAUGUACACUUUGCUUAUGCGUUUACCUGGCAGUGGUAAGAUUGUGAAGUCUCUCGAUACCAAGAAGUCCUCACUUGUGGUGACGUCCCUACAACCAGGGUCAACUUACAUAUUCUCAGUCACUGUCAUUGGGAAAGACAGAAAGAAGAGCGGAGAAAGUCCCGAGAUUCAAGUACAGACAACUCCGUUAUCUCCAACUGGUGUGAAAUCUGAAAAAGUAACCACUACAGCUAUUGACCUCAGCUGGAACAAAGUAAGAGGGGUCAAAUUGUACAAAGUUAUCGUACGCGAGCAGGGCUCUGGCUCCAUCUGGAGAACAGACGAGGUACAGAAAACUCAACACUCGGUGGUGCAACUAACACCAGGAAAGACGUACGUUUUACGUGUCGUAUCCGUAGCAACAAGCGGGAGAGAAAGUACAGCAGCCGCAGCUGUCACAGAAACAACAUUCCCAGAGAAGCCAACAGGUCUUCAAUUCAUCGACAUCAAAUCAACUUCAAUGUCACUAAAAUGGGAUGAAGUUAUUGGAGCAGAACAGUACACCAUAUAUGUGCAAGGAGAUGAUAAAACAAAUCGUGAAUUAACUUCAACUGAAGCAGAGGUUACAAUUAAAGCUCUAUCGCCUGGGCAGUUUUACAAAGUUUUUGUUUUGGCUGUCGGAAGAAAGAAGAGGCAAUCAAAACAAAGUGAUAAACUAAGAGAGCAAACUGCUCCAUUAUCUCCAUCUAAACUGCUUAUGACGAAGACGGGAACAACUUUUAUAUCUUUCCAGUGGGAACCAGUGAGCGGUGCUAAAUUCUAUGAAGUAACAAUCCAUGGCCAAACCGGACCAACAGAAUCAGGGAAACAGACUUCUCAAACGUUCAUCUCAGAUGACACGGACUAUACUGUUAAUCAACUUGUACCUGGCGUGGCUUACACCAUCACCGUUGUUGGAGUCGGUACUAGUGGACGCAAAUCUAGACCGAGUCAAGAAUUGAAACAGACUACUGUUCCUGCUGCACUCGAUGACGUCAUUGUUGAAGACGCUACAGCAACAUCUGUUACAUUACGCUGGUCUGGCGUCACAGGGGCUUCCAGUUACACCAUAGUUGUGAGAUCAGCCAGUGAUCGUUCUAACACAGUUUUACGAACAGUCGACACAACUAAAACCACAUUUACUGUCCCUGCUCUGGUGCCGGGUGAUUUGUAUUUCUUCUCCAUCAGAUCGAAAGGUUUUGGCGGAAAACUAAGCAAAGAGAGCCCGAGAGUCGAAGCCCAAACCGUUCCUCUACAGCCAUCUGACGUCGAAGUUACUGAAGUUGGAACUACCACUAUGAGUCUCAAAUGGAAAUCUGUGAACGGUGCCGGUUUCUAUCGAGUGUCAACAAAACCAAAGCAAGGUGAUAAAACCAAAACUGACGAUGUCAGAGAAACUGAACAUAAGGUCGAGGGUUUGAAUCCCGGUGUGGAAUACGUUAUCACAAUCAGUGCUGUUGGAACAAGUGGAAGAGAGGGCAAGGCCUCGAGCCCUGUCAAACAAGUUACAAAACCAUCUGGACCAACAGGAGUGACUCUCUCUAACGUAAGAACAAACUCAAUCACAGUGAAGUGGAAUGAAGUGACAGGUGCCAGAAACUAUAAAGUUAUUGUUCAAGAAAAAGGGAAAGUUGAUGUAGAGGAAUACGACACUCUGACUAACAGCCAUUUCCUCACCGAAUUGCAACCUGGAACGGAAUAUUCUGUAUCAGUGUCAUCUGUUGGAUAUGAUGGACAAGAAAGCGCACCAAGUGGACAAGUUUCGGAACAAACAAUGCCGAAUCCACCAAAUAUGCUGCGAAUAAUCGACACCACGGAAACAUCAAUUUCGUUCAGAUGGGAAGAUGUACGAGGUGCAAUCGGCUAUGUUGUCGUUAUGACAGAAGUUUUAUUCGUCACAGAGACUAGGAUUGAGACGAUAAGUAAUAAGAUUACAGUCAAGGACCUCUCACCUGGAACUGAAUAUGAAUUCCGAGUUCUGUCUGUUGGAAAGAAAGAUAGAAUCAACACUGUGCCAAGCAGAAUGCUGAUUGAACAAACAGUUUCAUCACCAGUACAAGGGGUUCAAAUCAUGUCAGUUACUCCGAAAACAGUUCUCCUAGGAUGGAGCAGAUCGCCAGGUGUUGCAAGAUAUGUUAUCAAAGUCCGGGACCAUUCUACCGGUGUUUUGGUGGAAAGAUUCGAUGUAAUUGCCAAACAACAAUUAGUGGAAGACCUGCAGCCUGGAAAGAAUUAUUCAUUCACUGUGACUUCCAUCGCUAACAAUGGCAAAGAGAGCGACGAAAGUGAACCUGCUGUCGUAAGCACAAAGCUUUCAACCCCGGCUAAACCAGUUGCGAGAACUGUGACGAACUCGAGUGCAACUCUGAGAUGGAAGGAAGUGGAAGGUGCCAGAGAAUACAUCGUCAUUGUCCGUGAUGUCGAGCAAGCAACUCAGACAAGGAUAACCGUUGAAGAAGAAUUUAUUGUGGUUGAAGAACUUGUUCCCGGUACUACAUAUUCAUUUUCAAUCAUCGCAGUCGGAGAGAGCGGAAAACAGAGUGAGAAAGGACCGACAACAACUUUGCACACAAUUCCCCAAAUCCCACGAAUCAAAAAGGUUGAUUCUAUUGCAACGGAUUAUCUGUCAAUUUCUUGGGAUGGAGUGAAAGGCGCUACUAGGUAUGUCAUAUAUGCUAGAUGGAAAAGACCCGGCGUUCGUCAGCCAAGAGUGAUCAAUGCAACAACCACUAUGACAUCAUACAAAUUCAAGGUCCCACUUCCUGGUGUUAAGUAUGACAUCACAGUUGAAGCGGAAGGAAAAGGCGGGAAAAGUCAAGAAAGUGCAAUACUAGAGGAAAGCUCCUUGCCAGAGGCGCCACCGACCCCUAAGACGGACGAAGUUUCAACAACAUCUGCGAACAUGAAAUGGGAGCCAGUUCCAGGUGCCGCCUCAUACGAAGUACAGAUUCUCGAUGAAUCAACCGGGAAGGAAGAAACCUUGGUCGUUUACAAAGCUGAAGUUCAACUGAAAGGUCUGGAUGCAGGAAACUGGUACAGCAUCAAAGUAUUCUCCCGGGAUUCAAAAGGAAGAAUGAAUAAAGAGGGAAGUUCCGCAUUCAGGAUUCAGACAGUUCCGAGUCCUCCAGCAAGAAUGCAGAUAGAAAAAGUGACCAUGGAUUCUGUGUCAGUAACAUGGAGAAAAGUGGUUGGUGCGGAGAAUUAUGUCUUGACCGUGACGGCCGAUGAGUCUGAGGUUGUUGAGUUUGCCAAAUCUUGGCAGAAUGUUGAAAUGUCAAACGGACAAGUUUCUUUCAGAAUUACGACAGAUAAAAACAUGGCCACUGUUGAUGGAUUGAAGUCUGGAUCCCAGUUCCGUUUUGAAGUUCAAGCAAUCGGAGCUCAAGGUGGAAAAAGCGAAUCGAUCUCUAUGGAGGCGACAACGCUUCCUGCUAUUGUUGAAGACGUAUUAGUCAGCAAGAUUUCGACAACUUCUGCUACUAUUAGAUGGACUGAUGUAAAAGGUGCUUCUUUCUAUCGAGUACGCGUGAGAAAUAGACAAAAACCAAUUGUACAAAACGUCCAACAACCUGUCGCAACCAUGACUGGACUGAUAGCUGGUACUUGGUACAAUGUAUCCGUCACUACAUUUGAUAUUCUGAACAGGACAAGUGGAGUUCAAAGCGAGAAUGUGCAAUUUCAAACGGUUCCUCGCAAAAUCACCGACUUUGAAUCAAGUGAAACAACAAUCAACAGCAUGAAGAUAUCGUGGAAAUCAGUCAAAGGUGCAAAAUCUUACGAACUAAAACUUCUCUGGAUUGCCGACGAAGUAUCAUCAGGUCAUCUUAAGGGUGAAGCACCACAGGACAGAGAUGGGUUGACGUUCAAAACAUUCAAAAGCCCUCUGACUCAAAUCAAACUUAGCCAACUUGAUCCUGGAACUACUUACUGGUAUGAAAUAACCAGCUUCUCCGAAGAAGGGAGACGAAGCUUACCGAGUAACAGAGCAAAUGAAACAACAUUGCCGGACGGAAUCACUGAAAUCAACAUCGAUGCCGUUACAAACACAUUGAUAUCUCUUUCCUGGGAACCUAUUAAAGGUGCCGGCAGCUAUGCCAUCCUGAUCUCAAACAUGAAAGCAGCUGGAUCUCCAAUGCGUCGGCAAACAAAGAGGCCAGAGAUUAUUGUGGAUAAUCUUAACCCUGGUGUUGCAUACGAGUUUGUUAUCAGGCCUCGAGGAGUUAAAGGAAAUCAAGAUGAAGUUGAAACUUCCAGUAUAAGGGUUAAAACGAUUCCUCUGCCACCAUCUUCAAUUAAAGUUGAUAGUGUAUCACAAACGAGUAUCGAUAUCUCUUGGACACCGUCUCGCGGAGCAACAAGAUAUGGUAUCUUAGCUGAAUACAAAGACAUGAACAGGCGUCUCAGAACUCUUGAGUUUGAAUCAACGACUCCUGAUUUCCGAAUCAGAGACUUGCAAUCUGGUAUCAGUUAUGUGUUGCAAGUUGUAGCCUACGGAAACAGAAACGAAGCUUCAAAGAGUGAAAGAAGCCCUGCUAUUGUACAAAGAACAAAAUUGGCUGCUCCUGCAAAUCUUACUUUGGAUGACUUUGCUGAAGAUUACGUUGCCUUAUCAUGGGAACCUACAACAGGUGCAACUGCAUACACCGUCUACGUACGUGACGUAGAAAAAGAUGACAUCACUCCUAUUGAUUUGGAAAACGAGUUGUUUACAGAUGUGACGAAUCUUGAACCCGGAGUUUUGUACUCGUUUUCUGUCAGAGGCAUCAACAGAAAAGAUGACAUGAUGAGCGAACACAGCAAUAUUGUUCAGCAGAGAACAGUUCCAUCCGCACCACAAUUCGUCACUGUCAUUGAAGUCGGAGCAGAUUUUAUAGAUGUUAAAUGGGAUCCUGUCGUAGGUGCCGAUUUCUACACAAUAUUCCUGGCUGAGAAAGGAGAGGCUGAAGAAAUGAUUCCUGAUUACCUGUUCACAUCUGCUAUGUUGAGCGAUUUAAAACCUGGAACGGAAUACAGGAUUCAGAUCAUGGCAACAUCGGUGGAAGGAUACGAGAGUAGAAGAAGCGAUAGACUGACGCAAGCUACUGCACCCAACGCUCCAGGAACUCCGACUGUGAAAUCCUUCAAUACUAAUUCUAUCGAGUUGGAAUGGGAGAGAAUGCAAGGGGCGACCAGUUACAUUAUUACAAUGACCGACGAACAAACAAAAGAAAAAUCUGAGAUUGAUGCCGGUUCAACUUUGACCUUCCUGAUUAGUGACCUUUCCCCCGGAAGUGUCUAUUCAUUCACAAUUCGUGGGGAGGAUCAGGACAAAGGGCUCACCAGCGAUGAAAGUGGUUCGAUUACUCAAGGAACAUAUCCUGAGACACCAAAUGUUCAAGUGAUUUCCUUCUCGCCGGACAGAAUAUCUCUGUCUUGGAAUAAAAUUGAAGGAGCACAUUCUUAUACACUAUAUGUGAAGGAAGUUGAUGGUUCUAAAGGGGAGCAAGAGAUUGAGAAAUUGAAGGCGACGAAAUAUACUAUCGAUGAACUAAAGUCGGGAAGCGAAUAUGAAAUCCAAGUGGUUGCAAUAACUGAGGGAGGACUGAGAAGUGACAGAAGUGUUAGGGUUAUACAAUUCACAUCUCCCAACUCACCAAGUGGACUCGCUGCUGUCAACGUCACACAGAAUGCUUUUACUGUAACCUGGAUCCCUGCUGCAGGAGCAACGUCUUACACACUCGUGCUCACCAACAUUGAAACAUCAGAAAAGACCAGAGUAGAUGUGGAAGGAGUCCUAGAAUACAGGUUUAACAAACUGAAAGCCGGAACGAUGUUUUCUAUCUAUGCUUUUGCAUUGACACUACCGGACAAUACAAGAAGUGAUAGGAGCGAAACGAUUGAACAAAGAACAUUGCCUCUUGCUCCCAAGAAAGUUGUCAUCUUCGAUGUGAAAGAAUCAAGCAUUUCUUUGGAAUGGAAAAAAGUAAAAGGAGCCAAAACUUAUACCGUGUUUGUGAACCGAGUUGGUGAUGCACAAGGCUUGGAAAGGCAGGUGAAAGAUAUUGCAACACCACUAGUGACUGUGGAUCGUCUCUCACCUGGAACUCUGUAUCAAUUCGAAGUAGCUUCUGUGACUGAGGACAGACUAGCUGGAAAGAGAAGUGACCAGGUUCAGCAGCAAACUGUCCCAGCUCCACCUCAAGAUAUCGUCAUAUCAGAAGUGACAUCAACUUCUUUCAGAGUAAAUUGGACAAAAUCUGAAGGAGCAACGUCUUACAGUUUGAAAGUUGUGAAUGAAGACACGAAACAGGAGCGAAUCAAAUCAGUAGGAAAUACAGUGACUACAAAGUUCAUUCGUUUAGUUCCGGGUUCACUCUACCGAAUCACUGUUAACGCACAAAGGAAAGACGCUGAUGUCACAAGCAGAAAUAGCUACAGAGUAAUGCAGAGAACAUUACCGCUGGCACCAACAAACCUCAGAGUUACGUCAAGAUUUUCUGAUGCUGUUUCCCUGGAAUGGGACGACACGAAAGGUGCGGCAUCUUUUCAUAUUUAUAUCUACGAACUGAACGAGGACGGAACACCAAAAGGUGAUGAAUUGUUCAUCGAUGGAAUCCUUGACCUCACAGUUGAGAUAAUUGACCUUGACCCCGGAAGUUUAUAUGAGUUUGAAGUCGUUUCCGUAACUGAAGAAGGAGAAACGAGUGAGGACGGAGCACUGAUUUCUGAACGAACAAGGUACGCCGCACCAAUUAUGCCUCAAUCUACAAAACCUCUUGUACGGUUAUCCAAGGUGGGAUCGAGCACAGCAACAGCGGAGUGGGACGCCAUACAGUUUGCAUUUGAGUACAGACUGCUGGCCGUAUCUGAUGACGCCGCUAAUGUUGCUGUUGAUUUCAUCAAUGGCACUACGGCAGUUAUAGAAGGCUUAUCCGCGAAUACUGAGUAUCUGGUAACACUCGUUGCCAUUGGAAGAAGCGGAGACCAAACAGAAGAGAGCUCACCCCCAGCUAUACUCAACACCUUGCCUCUACCGCCUUCAAAACCAAGCGGGCUGGAAGCAACAGGUUUGACCAAGGAUUCGAUUCUUUUGACGUGGGAGCCAAGUCCAAGAGCUCAAUCGUAUGAGAUAGAAAAGGUGGACCCAGUCACUAAGAAUAAACAAGUAAUAGGAAAAAUCCUAGAACCUCAGUGGGAGAUAAAGGACUUGCGACCUGGAAAAAUCUAUGUUUUCCGAGUGACUGCCGUGGGAAGAUUCGAGAAAUCAGAAUUAAGUGAUGAAAUAAGAACAGGAUCAACUCACCCCAUACCACAGAUGCCAUACACAGGAGUUGAAUUGAUCCAAGCUUCGAAUAUUCGUUGGAAUGGAUUCACACUGACACUACAGAGAAUACCUGACGCUGUUACAUACACGAUUAUAAUGAGAACUGGUGGAGAAAUCUUCAGAGAAAUUAAUAAUAUCCGUUUCACUCGAUAUCCGGUGGGAAAUCUAACAGAGAUGACAACCUAUGAAGUCACCUAUGUCGGAGUUGGUGCUGGAGGAGAAGAAUCAGACGAAAGCGAUCCAUCUCUAUUUGCAACAACAUUGGCAAACACUCCGGAAAUACCAAAGGGUGUCGGUGCAUCAGACAUGACGGCAGAAUCGGUUGUGGUUGAGUGGGAUGACGCAGAUCGUGCUGUCUCAUAUGACGUCAUUAUUACCGAACUUUUGACCUCUAUACCAACAUUCUUCCAGGAUGUUUCGAGUCCUUUCAUUGCUACUGGGUUAGUGUUUGACACAAGGUACGCUGUAGCGGUCGUCUCAGUAGGAAAUUUCGACAGAUCAAGACCUUCAGGACAAGUUAGAUUUAAAACUAAAAUCCCGAAGCCGGGAGAUGUAAGAGUUAUCAGAACGAGGUUUGUUGAAAAGAACGCAAUCGGUUUGUUGUGGUCACCCGCUAUCUACGCUGUUAGUUACACUAUAUCGGUGUCUUUGAAUGGGAAACAAGUCCAGACACAUAAGGAGAUUCUUGGGAACUCGAUUCGAAUAGAAAACUUGAAACCAGAUAAAAACUACAAAGUGGGAGUGAAGCCGAUUGGUUUGGAAAAAGAUGAAGGAAACGAACAAUACAUUUACGUUACUACUCUUCCAACAUCAGGCAGUGAUGAAGAUUACGAUGAAAACAUUAAUGAGUUUGGAAUCGAUGAAAGCACGUUAGAUGAUGAUGAACCCGAAGAACAGCCGGGGGAUCCCGGAAAACUUACCAGCCCUCGCUCCCCAAAGCCUGAUUCAUUGGAAGAUGCCUUGUCCAAGCUGAUCUCUGACAUGAUGGAUUUACCAGACGAUGAAAUUACUAAAAGCAGCAGCGGAAAGGAAAUCAUCAAAGAAUCCUCGAUUUUCAGGAACCGUAUCUGGAGAACCGUUGAAAGCAUCAGAAGAUUUGUAAUGGGGCAAACUUUAUUCCAACUGGCAGAACGGAAAAGCGACUUGUCCAUUUUGCAACAAAGAAAUUCAAAAGAAGUUUCGGAUCAAAUGGAUAAGCUGAUAAUACUGAGCAGACAUAUCAGAGAUGACGGAAAGGAACUCGGCAGAUCAGGAGCCAAGAAAUUUGCGAUGGAGAUUGCUGGAAUACUAUCAACUAUAUUCCUACAGACUCCUGAGACCGAAGGUAUCAGUGCUGCAGAUAAGGAAGACAUUCAGGAAGAGAUGGCCCCGAUAUUAGAAGAUUUAUUAUUGGAAGUUAUACUGGGUGAAUUUGAGGUGAAAAUUUCACUAGUGCAAGCAAGAAACAUCGCGCUGACAUGGUCCGGUAAAAUACCAACAGAUGAGAUUGUUUUCAAAAUUCGUGAAGUUGAUUCCGACACGUUCUUGGAGAGCAUCACGGUAGACAAAGACACUCCCGAUGUCAAAUUCCAGAAACUAUCGCCGAACACCAACUAUGAGAUCUUCGUUGCAACGAGCGAUGACACAAGGAUUUUAUAUUCUGAAGAAACUACAACUAAACAAGGACUAUUUGUCGUCCCCCCACCGCCACCGAUCGCUCUCCGAAUCCAAUUCGCUGCUAGAUCGUACAUCACAGUGCGAUGGAAAAAAGUAGUCAAAGAAAACACUGAGAUCACCUACAUUGUGAGAUUGUAUCGACCAAACGGAAAGAAAGUGAUCGAACGGUUCAAGAUGCAAAAAGCAACUUCUUUAAAUAUCACAAAGUUGAAAAGAAAAACAAGUUAUGAUGUCACUGUGUCCUCUUAUGACAUCGGCGCGAAGAAACAAUCAAAAGAAAGCCCAAGGCUUCGAAUCCGAACCAAGUAGAAUCUAACAAUCUAGAACGAACAAUAGACUCAAAUGAAGCCUUAAAUAGACUCAAACAAAACAUUGAGCAGCCUCUGCGAAGACCUCUUAGUCUCAAACAAGCCUUUUUUGUUUAUAAAAGUUUCGCAAAUUAGAAAAUGUCAGUAUUAAACAUUUGAUUGCUGUAUAAAAUUAUUAACGUUUUUUUCUUUCGACUAUUCGUGAUCUCUGGGGUGACCAAGUUUGAAGAUAUUGAAUGGUGUAUUUACGAUCUCCUAUUCUGAGGAAAGCAGUGUGACAUCACACAAGCAAAAUGUUAUUUCAUAAUAUAUUGGUGCCCACAAGAAGUAGCUGACAGAACAAGUGUAUAUAUUAUAUAUACUUGUUAUCUAUAUAGUGGACAAAUUAAUGUAUUCUUAACAUCCAGUAUAGGCAAGAGAGAUUUUAUAUCAAGCUAUCAGUUCCAUUUUGAUAAAGCAUUACUAUAUUUGUGAAUUUAAAAUCUACUUUUGACUUUCAUUAGGGCAUUGAUACGGAAGGUAAUGAAACGUCCCAUUACACAAUUUUGAUGUUAUUUUACAAUACAUAACACCAAAAUUUGAAGUCACAAUACAAAAACUAAGAUUUCAUAAUACAAAGCAUAAUGAUGUUAUAUAUAAAAUGUACCCAUACAGAAUGAUGAUGUCAUAAUACAUUGAAUGUGACAUCACAAAAACAGUAACACGGUGAUUGCUUUUCAAAGUAUGUGAAGGCCAUGGCCAGAUGAUUAUCCCGUAGCCGUUUUAUAGUCUUUCCUCUUUACCUAGUCUCCAUUAGCUAUAUAUAAAGCUAAGACUUAGCUAUUCAUGUUAAGCACCUAAAUUUUGGUUAUUUUUGUAUUAUUGCUUAUAGAGUUAUAUAUGUUAUAAUAUAUAUAAGAAUGCUGCCAAAGAUAUGUUUUCAUAUUUUGCCAAAUAAAUCAUAUUUUGUUCUUUUUU